AUGCCGACUAACAAGAAUCCGUGGGCUCCUACGUCGUAUAAGCCAUUGCGACGAGCAUCGGACAGCACAUUGAGACGAGAAUCAGACAGCACAUUGAUUGAGGAGAUCGACGAAUUCACAGAAUAUCUAGCCAAACCCCUGUCCCCUACCCCUGCCCCAUCCAAGGGAAUCCAUUGGCGAGCUCCCACACUGAUGGUAGUAUGCUUUCUAUCCGGCACAAGUUUUGCUCUUAUUCACCACUUCUACUACUCCUAUCUGACAGGACAGCAAGUCCCGCCACCAAACAUACAGGAGUGGCCAAUCAGAUUGGGUAGCGGAUUGGCGUUCUUGACCAAGAGCACUUUCACCGCAGCAGUCGGGACUGCGUACACCCAACAUAUUUAUACAGUCUUUAGAAAACGAUCUCUGAGUGUUCGAGGUAUAGAUUCAGCCUUUGCCGCCGCUAACAGUAUCAUCAAACUGGUGAGCUGGGAGCUGUUUAGCAAAGUCAAGGCAGGAUUCUUGCUUGGGCUUAUUGCAUGGUCAAUUCCUCUGGCCAUGACCAUUCCCCCGGCCACGCUUUCGGUUGUUCCCAAAAGCGAAACUCGUCUUUAUGACAUUAACGCACCAACCCUGAAUCUCUCUGGAUACCAUUUGGCCGCGACAUCCUUGGAUCCCAACAAGAAUGGCGAGGUCUCACCAGCCACUCAACGGCUGUUCACCGCAACUUAUUCAGGUGCUGCGGUGCUCUCAAUGCCGGCUCUUGUCAACAGCACCCCCAAUGCAGCCUACAACUCAAAGUUUCUGGGGCCUCUUAUCACUUGCGGGAGUCUGAACAGCAGUGAGUCUGGCAUCAUGGGAAAAAUUGUUCACCAUACAUCCAAUUGGUAUCAGUCACUGAUAAAUUCAUCCAACGCCGGUAACGUCAAAUAUCUUCUCUUCAGACCCCACGAACAUUUCAUGGACGGUGCUGGAAAUCCCAAUGAGACGUUUGACUAUGGCACUUUUAUCAGUGGCAUUGUAAGCACCACGCCCAGUGAAGCCAGUGACGCGGCAGGACCUCAAGUCGACAGAUUCUGGGUCUACUCUGACCAUGGGAGUUGGGCAUGCCGCACUUGGAAUGCCACAUUCCGCGGUACAUUUACAACCCACAUGCAAAAACAAGAGAUCACAGUCCACAAAUCCAACACGACCUUGGCACCGCUGGGAGAUUACAGCCAGAACUGGUCUGAUUCUCACUCAAGAACCGCCUACGAGAUGAUUAUCCACCUGAUCUUUAGUCUCCUGGAAGGCGCCAUUGUCCACGAUCUUCGACCCGACCCUAACCCCAAAGUCAAUGCAGUUCCCACUGUCUUCAAAACGGAUAUUUUAAAGACGGGCAUGAUUGGUGCUUUGAAUUUGACCACGCCGCAGGUCACGGGGACGUUAAAGAUGGGAAGACAAGCUCCGGGCAAACCCAUCGUAACUGAGGAGGACCAAGCUCUUUCUCAGGGAAUGAGCCUAGGCGACUUGAUUGAGCAAUUGUCAAGGAACAUCACCUUGAGCUUCUUUAGUGACAAACAAUUCUGGUCCUUGGAAGGCCAGGGAUACAACACGACUGUCAUCGCUCCCUUUAGGCACAACGUGUAUUGGUACAACCCGAGAAAUCUACUCAUCGCCUAUGGCUUCGCCUUUGGCUUCACCCUGUUUAGCGUAGCCAUUGGUGCUCGCGCAUUCUUUAUCAAUGGUGUUAGUCACAGCACCAAUUUCUCGGCUGUGCUGCAGAACACGAGGAACCCAACGCUCGACGAGCUCGCUCGUGGGAACGGCAUGGGAUGUAAGCCACUGGACAAGACGUUGAAAACGACAAAGUUGCGCUUUGGGAUCCUUGCGACGUCGAUGGAACGGGGCAAGAUGGGUGUUGAUGGCCCUGUGCAAAUAGGAUUCGGUAAGCCGGAUGAGAUCAUCCCUCUGGACAGGAAGAAACGCAGAUAG